AAAAUCUGCAAAUUAUUAUUGUCUAAAAUGAAUAUGAAAAACUGUGUGUAUUUUAUGCUGAUAAUGAUAACUGGAUAGGGAUUGAUUGUAUUCAAUGUAUGCUGUGGGCAUUUAGAGGGCUUUGAGCCAGUUAUAGUACAUUCAAUCAUUCAAACACAAUCCCAACAAAAACAGCAGUAUGAGCCUCACAGCUCUGGGAAAGAGGGCUUAAUGCGUGUGUACAAAUUGUUGUCCCAUAUUGGUCUGUGCAGUCUGCCAAGGGUAGUCAGUGACAAAUAUUUUUGAUUUUUCGUUAAAAGGCAUUCUCUUCUUAACAAAUUUCCAGUCUAUGCGGAAAGUGUUGUUCCUGAUUAGCCUUUCCUGACUGCACAGGCUUAUCUGGGACAACACUUUAUGUACAGGCAUAAAUCCUUUAUUUCUCCCAGAGGGAGGCUCAUGUUUGCUUGUAUUUCUAGAGUUGAGGUAUUCCUUGGCCAGCUAGAGGGACUGUUUGCUUGUAUUUCUAGAGUUGAGGUAUUUCUUGGCCAGCUAGAGGGACUGUUUGCUUGUAUUUCUAGAGUUGAGGUAUUCCUUGGCCAGCUAGAGGGACUGUUUGCUUGUAUUUCUAGAGUUGAGGUAUUCCUUGGCCAGCUAGAGGGACUGUUUGCUUGUAUUUCUAGAGUUGAGGUAUUUCUUGGCCAGCUAGAGGGACUGUUUGCUUGUAUUUCUAGAGUUGAGGUAUUCCUUGGCCAGCUAGAGGGACUGUUUGCUUGUAUUUCUAGAGUUGAGGUAUUCCUUGGCCAGCUAGAGGGACUGUUUGCUUGUAUUUCUAGAGUUGAGGUUUUCCUUGGCCAGCUAGAGGGACUGUUUGCUUGUAUUUCUAGAGUUGAGGUAUUCCUUGGCCAGCUAGAGGGACUGCGACCAUGGCUAAGAGCAAGUUUGAGUAUGUGAAGCAGUUUGAGACGGAGGACAGGCUGCUGCCCAACUGCUGGAUCGUUGUGAGAAUUGACGGCAAGGGAUUUCACAGAUUCUCAGAGCAGCACAACUACAUCAAGCCCAACGAUGAUCGCGCGCUUGACCUGAUGUCGAGAGCUGCGGAGGCCAUCAUGGAAGAGUUCAAGGACAUUGUGCUCGCGUAUGGACAGAGCGACGAGUACAGCUUUGUGUUCAAGAAGAACACCAACGUCUACAAUAGACGGGCCAGCAAGCUGGCCACCAAUGUAGUGAGCCUGUUUGCCUCAUCAUUUGUCUACUACUGGCCGCGAUACUUUGGAACGCAGAUGAUGCAAUACCCCCCUGCCUUCGACUCGCGCACAGUCCUCUACCCCUCAGACAAGAACCUGCGAGAUUACCUCAGCUGGAGACAGGCUGACUGUCACAUUAACAACUUGUACAACACAUGCUUUUGGAAGCUUAUACAUGAGAAGGGGUUGACACCUGCAGAGUCACAGGAGAGACUCAAGGGUACCAUGUCCAGUGACAAGAAUGAGCUACUCUUCAAGGAAUUUGAGAUCAACUACAACAACCUCAGUGCUGUACAUCGCAAGGGAACAAUCCUACUGCGAGCCAAGAACGACCAAAUAAAUGGUGACCUAGACCUUGGUUUACAGUUGAUCCCAUCAGGGUCUUCCACAGCUCGCGGAGGUCAAAGUGCAAAGUCACAGAGAGUGGUUUCAAACCUCAGGGCGGGUAAAAACUCGCGACCAAACAUUGACAGACUGCACAUAGAUCUUAUAGGCGACCAGUUUUGGACCGAUUUCCCAGAAAUUUUAGAUCCACCAAAAAGAUAGCUUGAAGGUCAUGCGUUUUGAGUGUCGGGGAUCUUUAAUUGACGGUGGACUGUGAUACCUUUGAUUAUUAAUGUUUUAGCUCACCUGAGCACAAUGUGCUCAUGGUGAGCUCUUGUGAUCACCUUUUAUUUGUUGUGCGGCGUCAACAUUUGCCUUAUGAUCACUCUAGAGGCCACAUUGAUUGUAUGAUCGUCAUGAAAUUUGGUCAGAAGAUUCGUCCCAAUGAUAUUCUAGCAUGUGUGGAUUGCACAGAUUAACAUGGGAAGACGCUUUAAGCACAUGCGGGGAAGUAAAGACUUAGCAAUAGUACACUGAUACUGUGUAUACCAUGUAUUUAAUCCCAAUAUGCAUGUCAUACAUUAAAACAAUGCUAUUUGGAGUGCUUAUUUCCAAAGAAAUCAUUGGGCUAUCCUUAACAUUAAUCAUAGAAGCAAUGUUUUGCAUUACAAAAUUGGAUGCGAAUUGUACAUUGUUGUGCAUAAUUUAUGGUAAGGUACAGCAGUCACUUUUGGUGUAUGAGAUUUGUGUUUAAUAGAUGUACAAUUCAUGUAUUCCAUUUGAAUGAUAUUACAUAUGAAUGUUUGCAGUUAUGCAUAAAAAUUAAAUGUAUGGUAUCGGAUUAUUUCACUUAUAUGAUUGCUUUGCAAUAUUAUUUCUGAUUUAUUUGUUUCUGAUUUCUCUUUUGUAAUGUUUAAUUAUAAUUAAUGGCAAUAAAGAAACAUAAAAUAGA